AUCACCAUCAUCGCCGCGACCGCGACCGCGACCACUCCGGCGUCCAGUGAGAAACAUCCGGGGGAAUAUCGCGGAUCCACGCGGCGGCAAAAAUUUCGGGGAUCGCAGUGUGGAUGUGUGCGCGUACCGAAGACGUAUCGUGAAUGGAUCGUCAUUGUCGCAAAUCAAAACUCCUCUCCUCUGUGUGUUCACCAAUUUUUUUUUCGAUUGUCAUUCGGUUCACCGAUUGACACCCCGUUCUCGUGAUUGAUCAAGAUUUCGAUCGACGGGGGAUAGAUACACGUGACAGAUGCCGUGCGCGGUACUCGCCAAAGUUUGACAAAACUUCGCGCGGUGGGCGCAAAAUCACGAUUUAAAAAAAAACAUACUUUUUUUGGUACAUAUAUCCUGAUAUACAAUUUUAAUGAAAAAAAAACACGUGUUAAUAAGAUUAAAGAAGAAAAGUGAUGACAAAUAUGAUGAUGAAGAUCGCCGGUGCGGGAUGGUGUUUUAAAUACAUGUGAUAUAAAAAAAAAGAUACGUAUCUGUUGAUCUACGGAUUUCCGUGUUUCCAGCUUAGCCACGAGUGUUUCUUCGAUAAGGAGACGGAGGACUCGAUCAAAGAAUCAGAAGUAAGGGUCGCCGAGAUUGCCGACGAUUCCAAUAAAACGAAUUUUCUCCGCGAGUUGGCAAUCGAGACGAAGAAGAAUUUGCAAACGGAUGCUGCUCCCGCCCGCGUCUCCCGCGGCAGGAUAAUGAAAUAAGGAUCAAAGAAGCCUAGGGCCCCGCGAGGGCCGAGAAAGCCGCCGAGUCGAAGAAGACAAAUUCGAUUCUCGCCGGAAGGAGAUAUCGGCGUGCAUUCGUAAUGCGUUUCUCGCUAUCGGCGAGACCACGAAUUUAUGUUUGCGAGACACUCAUCUUCGAGCCAACUCGAUAUAUUGACGACCAAUAUAUAACUGAAUAAAAAAAAAUUAUAUAUCGCAAACGCAAGGACCAAGUAUCAUAUCGACAUUAAUUGGAAAAAAAAAAUUCGAUUUUCUCCACGUGUACAAUUCCUUCGUUCUAGAAUCUGGAAAAAACAAGACGUAAACAAUUGAGCAGCCGAACUCAUCCGGAAAGCUUGCAGGGAAAGGUGAUAUCACGAUCGACAGGAUCAAUGAUAUCGUUCUCAUGACGAAUCCUUCGCGAGAUGCUCGACCCGAGGAUCGGCCUGCCGGCCUAGACUAUCCUGAUCCUAGGUCAGUGCGUGGUGGUCAUCAGUCUCAUCAAGUGAAUCCCGUGAGUCAGAUCGGCGGGCCGAGAAUACGGAGGAUCCGGGCCUCAUCCUCGAGGAGAAGGAUGCACCUGGCUAACGACGAGGUCCCUCCUCAAGGUUCAACCGGCGGAAAUCAUCUUCCCGAUUAUGCCCUCACCGCCGAUUUGCUCGCUGAGAGAACGCUGGAUGGGCUUCUCGCCGAGCAUCCUGGAGAACUCAUUCGCACAGGUAGCCCACAUGUGGUUUGCACGGUAUUGCCGUCACAUUGGAGGUCGAACAAGACCCUGCCGGUAGCAUUUAAGGUGGUAGCUCUCGGCGAGGUCGGAGACGGUACCCUUGUGACCGUUCGAGCCGGAAAUGAUGAAAAUUGUUGCGCGGAAUUGCGGAAUUCUACCGCCCUAAUGAAAAAUCAAGUCGCCAAAUUCAACGAUCUCAGGUUCGUCGGUAGGAGCGGUAGAGGGAAGAGCUUCACCCUGACGAUUAUGCUGCAGACAUCGCCGCCGCAGGUGGCCACGUUGUCGAAGGCGAUCAAAGUGACCGUGGACGGUCCCAGGGAGCCGCGUUCCAAGACACGACACCAAGCCUUUCAUCCCUUUCACUUCGGGCCUCGUCCGUUUCCCUUCGGACACCCGCAGGACCCAUUGGGAUUUAAGCUGUCGGGAUUGCAACACCUGGGUCUUGAGCAAGGAGCGGGCCAGGGAUGGGGCGGGUUACCUCGAGGAUCUCUACCACCGCAUUGUCUUCCACCUCCCCCCGGCCACCAUCCGCACACACAUCCGCAACCAACAGUCGGUGCAUCGGCCUUCAACCCUUUCCACCAUGCCAUCGAGCAAAGAUCUCCAAGGCUGCCCGGAUCUAAUACCGAAUCCGCAAGGGGCGACUUGGGUCCUAUCAGCGUGUCCGUGCGAGAAGUGACGCCGACAACGUCACCCGGGAACCCUGGACCAGGCCUGCUGACGACGGCCUCCGUGACGGCGUCGACGCCUCCCGCCGAGUCGACCACCAGCACGACCCCCAAUCCGUCUGGGCAUCACUCACACUUUCAAGGUCUUCACUUACUGGGUGCCACUGGAUCUAUCUUCGGCUCGAUAUUCGCGCCAUUAUUACCGCAAUCCUCUUGGCUCUAUAACCCUCUGUACCACACGCAGCAGUAUAUCCUGGAGCCGGAAUGGCACGCUCUAGCUCUAAGAAUGGCUCAGCAACGACUGCAGAGGCCGGAUCAGGCUCGAUUGGAAGAGCUCAGAAAACUCAGAAGUAGCAGCGACAGUCCUGAGAGCAGUACGAAGGACGAAGAACGGCGAGCAGAUGAUCAAGGCAUUUUACGUCGAUCCGGAUUAGACAGCCCCGACGAUAGCAUUGAAGUGGACGAUAGGAACGAUCAAGAUUUGAAUAGAGACCGCGUCAGAAGCGAUGACUCUAUACUCGAACAGGACUCUCCGAGAAUCUCGCCGAUCAGAAGCGACUUGGAGGACGCGGUAUCCACGGAUGCUACCUUCCAGGAAGCGUCGAUUCAUUUACGGCAGAGCAUAGAAAAUUUGAACGACUCGGAUCUUCAGAUCGAUCAAGAUCAAGUCGCUCGUCGCGGCGAUCUUACUGUGAAAAUCCGUUUAGAGGGCACGGUCGAUCUUAGUACGAAGAAGGGCCAGGAUAAAGAAAACGUCGGUCAGGAUCUAACGACGCGAAGAAAGGAGGAUGGAAUAGAUGUCGAACGGGAAAGCAUCAGAUCACGAAGAGAUAGAAGUCCCAAGCCUAGACAGGUGUGGAGACCCUAUUAAGAGUUAAAACAAGUAAGCUCGCUCCGCGAGAGUCCACCGAACGCAACAAUUUUAAUGAAUUCCAUGAUCAAGACGACGAUUGAAAUAAAUAUGAUCUGUAGAUAAAUUUUAUCGUAUGUGUUCUUCUCGGGAAAAAAAGAACUUGAUUUUCGUUGAGAGAUAGGGCAUGUUGAUUGAUCUCGUCUCGAUGAUCUGAGAUUGAAUUCGGAAACAGACCUUGCAUGAUGUUGUAAACUAGUAGUUUAGCAACGCUAAGCUGAUGCUCAUCAUCAUCAAGGCUGUUGAGGAAUGGAGAACACGCUCAUAGGACAUCUUGCAAUGUAACGCGGUGAAACGUCUGCUUGGAAAUUAAUUAUCAAAAUUUUCGGACGAAUCUUUCGUCGGAGUUACUUAUCUAUCCCUACGCCCCUUGCGGUAUCGUCUAAGAACUCAUGGACUCGAGGACUAACCAGGGUUUACGUUCGCAUAUAGUAUAUGUACAUAUACAAUAACCUUAUUAUAUCUAGGUUAAUGUCUCAGAUACACGUUAAGCACCAUCCUCUCUCGUCAUUCCGAUUAAGAAUACUUCCCGAAUGUCUUCUCGACUACACGAGUUUACGAGUAUUAAAACGCGCGUGCACGCGAAUACGAUGAGCCUGAAGAAUGAUCUUUCUUAGGUCAGGAUGUUAUAUCUCAUUCGUUUAAAAAUUUCUUUUUUUUUAUUUUCUCAGAAUAUUGUGUAUCAUCGAUGAUUUUUUGAAAAAAAAGAUGAGUAAAUUAAAUAUAUACUCGUGUAGCAGGUGACAUUUUCCGGUACAAGCAAAAUUACGAGUAGUUGACGUUGUAAAUACCACAAUCCUUCAAAUCCUGGCCAAGUCACAUCCUCUAUCGAGCUGUCUCUUUUUUUGAGACAACAUUGUUGUCGUUUGAGGAGACA